AGCUGCUGUUUUAUUGUUUCUUACGCUGGUGGCAAUUACAGUUGGCACAUUUGCCAUGUCCACUUCAACUGGUGAAUAAAAUCAUUAUCCACACAUUGUCUUCAAGUCAUUUGAGGAUAGAGGUAAUCAGAAAGUUUCGAAAUCUGUAGAUUGCUUAUGAAAAAUGCUACUACUCGCCCACGCGCUGGUGGACCGUUGAUGAUCGGUGGACCAUUGAUGAUAGUGAGUCUUACAAUGCAUCAACGACUUACAAUCAUCACGCAUGAGCAAUUGUCUGUAACACAAAUCUUUGUUUAUAAUUGGGAAAUAAUUAUUUGAACGGAGAAUGGAUGUGAUAUCGUGCAAAAGCUUCCAAGACUUUCCGAUAUAAAAAGACAACAAUUCUCUAGAAAAUACAAAAGAAGAGACGACUCAUGUGAAGAAUCAUGUGAAGAAAAGGCCAAGUUUAGAGAAAGAAGGAGAGAUGAAAUCCAAGCUAGAAGGGAAAUUCAACUCCCUAUACAAAUUUACACCUCACCAUUGUCAAACUCAUCUCUCUCUCUCUCUCUCUCUCUCUCUCUCUCUCUCUCUCAUUUCUUCUGUUUUGCAUUGCUCUUUCGGUCUUUGUGCUCAUGGAAGUUAACACCACUGCUGAAAAACACCACACUCAUCAUAAAUACCACCAUCUUUCACAUUCUCAACCCUAUAACCACCACCACCACCACCAUAACCAUGGAAGUUUUCCUUCAAAAUAUACUCUCAUUAUCAUUUCCAUCAGCUCAGUUAUGCUCCUUGUUAUAAUCUUGAUCAUUUUAAUCCUUCGACGGCUCAAGUCCACCAAAAGUUACAAUGGCAAAACUUACAGAGAGAAUAGCAUCAUCAGCAGCAACACAAGCAGCAGGUUCAUUGCUCAAACCUCAAUGCCCACCUUCAAUUCCAGCCCAGAUGUGAAGGGUGGGUGCCUAACCCUCCAAGGAGGGGAUUCUGGAAGGUCAGUGCUUAAGACACCAGCAGAAAUACUCACAGCACCAAGCAGAUACAGAAGAGGAGGAGGAGGAGCAGUCCAAGUGUUUUCAUACAAGGAACUUGAGGUGGCCACUGAGAAGUUUAGUGAAGCAAAUGUGAUAGGGCAGGGAGUGUUUGGGGUUGUGUAUAGGGGGAUCCUCAGAGAUGGGACUGUGGCUGCAAUUAAGAUGCUGCAUAGAGAAGGAAGGCAAGGAGAGCGUGCUUUCAGGCUUGAGGUGGAUCUACUAAGCCGAUUGCAUUCUCCAUACUUGGUGGAGCUACUUGGCUAUUGUGCUGACCAACAUCAUAGGCUCCUAAUAUUUGAACACAUGCCCAAUGGCACCCUACAACACCAUCUCCAUUCCACAAACAACCAUAAGCCGUUGGAUUGGGGGACCCGAUUGAGGAUAGCCCUUGAUUGUGCCAAGGCCCUUGAGUUCCUCCAUGAGCAUGCCAUCCCACCUGUCAUACACCGUGACUUCAAGUGCACCAGCAUUCUACUUGAUCAAAACUUUCGUGCCAAGGUGUCGGAUUUCGGAUUGGCCAAGACGGGUUCUGAGAAGAUCAACGGUCAGAUUUCGACACGGGUUCUGGGGACCACAGGAUAUUUGGCACCAGAGUAUGCCUCCACAGGACAGCUUACCACAAAAUCAGAUGUGUACAGCUAUGGUGCUGUUCUUUUAGAGCUGUUAACCGGGCGUGUGCCAGUUGAUACCAAGAGGCCUCCUGGAGAGCAUGUCCUUAUCUCAUGGGCUCUUCCAAGGUUAACUACCAGAGAAAAAAUAUUGGAAAUGGUUGACCCAUCUCUAAGAGGGCAAUACUCAAACAGGGAUCUAAUUCAGAUAGCUGCUAUUGCAGCAAUGUGCGUGCAGCCAGAAGCUGAAUACCGGCCUCUAAUGGCAGAUGUUGUACCGUCUCUAAUUCCUCUGGUUAAGAACUCUUGUUAUGUUGGUUCCUCUAGCACCUCUAGAUUUCAGAAUCAAAUAGCAAGUCCGAGGUAUUAGCUACGGGCUAUACGAAAGUCGGAACACUUGAAGGGAACAUUCAGACCAACUAGUUAUUCGUCUAGUGGUAUAUCUUAUUUUCAACACUAGAUAUAUUGAAGUACCAUGGAUGAGUGAGUUACAAGUUUCAGUUCCAUCAAUAAUAUUUGAUGCAAACGCAUACAAAGUACUCUGGAUGGAUGUGAAGCACAUUAAGCAAAAUAUUAAUUAAGCCUCUUUCUUCUUC